AUGGGUCCUCCUAACAGUCCUGCUAGUCCCCGUAGCUUCCCAGGACAACAUGAUAUCGAUCUAUUCGAUUAUCUCCGUCAUGAGCAGUUGAAUGAUAGCAUGCGUGGUCUAAGCUUGCUUGAUCUCCAGAACCUUAAUCCUGGUGUUGUUGAUGCACACAGGAUUGUGAUUGUGGAGACUAUGGGUAUUUAG